AAGCAGGUGCCACUAUAUAAAUAACUCGUUCUAGGGUUUGUUUCCGCGUUUACAGCCUCAACCCUAACGCGUGCAGAGCAGAGACAGACGCAGCCAUGGGGCGGAGACCUGCAAGGUGUUAUAGGCAAAUUAAGAACAAGCCAUACCCCAAGUCACGUUUCUGCCGUGGUGUUCCUGAUCCCAAGAUCAGAAUUUAUGAUGUUGGAAUGAAGAAGAAAGGUGUUGAUGAGUUCCCUUUCUGCGUCCAUCUGGUCAGUUGGGAGAAGGAAAAUGUUUCAAGUGAGGCACUGGAAGCUGCUAGGAUUGCUUGCAACAAGUACAUGGCCAAGUUUGCCGGAAAGGAUGCUUUCCACUUGAGAGUGAGGGUGCACCCAUUCCAUGUUCUUAGGAUCAACAAGAUGCUUUCGUGCGCUGGAGCUGAUAGGCUCCAGACUGGAAUGAGAGGUGCUUUUGGAAAGCCACAGGGUACUUGUGCCAGGGUGGCUAUUGGGCAGGUCCUCCUUUCAGUCCGUUGCAAGGACAGCAACAGCCAUCAUGCACAGGAGGCCCUCCGCCGUGCCAAGUUCAAGUUCCCUGGUCGUCAAAAGAUUAUUGUUAGCAGGAAAUGGGGCUUCACCAAGUUUAGCCGUUCUGAUUACCUCAAGUUCAAGUCAGAGAACAGAAUUUUGCCUGAUGGCGUGAAUGCCAAGCUUCUUGGGUGCCAUGGACCUUUGGCCAACCGCCAACCUGGAAGAGCCUUUUUGAACACUGCUACUGCUUAGUUCGUCAGUUAAUUGGAAAUAUUAGACCUUUUGAUCACAUUAGUUUUUCAAGAGUGAAUUUGAGUUUGUUAUUGUGUCAGUACAUUGCAUUAAACUAAGUUAAUUUCUGUUUUUGCGCACCUCUUAAUUUGUGUUAUAUGUUGUGAUUUUCUACUUCUCUUUUUAAUCACUUGAUACUCGGUUUUCUGACAGCGAU